AUGUACGGUUACGGGGGACCGACAACUCCUUCAAUGCUUUGGGUAAAUGAUAGUCCUGUUCCAACUGACUAUACAAUGGGUUCCCAUAAUAGUAGUCUUGGUAACACCGGAGAAUGGCGUCGUUGGGAGAAAAAACGUGAAGA